AUGAACGUUAAGUUGCUCGGGUCUGGACUUUUACUGUUCGCUGGCUUCCUGGCUUGUAGUGAGGCACCAUUUGUAAAGAUGACAAAUGCCAAGUGUCCGUCGUACAACGAAUCGUGGGUGCAGUUUCACUACUGCCGCCUGAAGGCCUACUCCCGGAACAAGACUAGCUUGAAUUUGAAUUUAACCAUUCUAGAACCGGCAAACAACAUUCAUGUACGAAUAAAAUUGAUGAAGAGGGCCAAUGGCUACAAGCCAUUUCUCGUUGACUUCUAUUUAGAUGCCUGCGCAUUCAUGAGGAAACGAAAUCAUCCGGUGUUCAGGAUUGUCUGGAACUUGAUCAAGAAUGUGUCCACAGUGAAUCACACCUGUCCUUAUGUGGGCUUGCAGACUAUAAGCGAUUUCCACCGGGUUGAAAUACCCUUGCCAAUGCCCUCUGGGGAAUAUCUUUACCUGGCGAAUUGGACAUUCGACGGCAGACCUCAGUUUGCAACAAAUGUUUACUUCACCCUUGUGGAGGAUUAG